GACAGAGAUGACCUCCGUGCAGCAGGUGAACCCCAGAGUCCGGGAGAUCAGAGCCCCCACGAGCCUGCAGAGUCAGGCUGCACGCAUCACACAGCAGAUCACACAGGGAGCAAAGAAACCGUUCAAGAAGGUGAUCAAUGUCAGUUCAGGUGAUCCCCACAGGGCAGGGAUGGCACCCAUCUCAUUUGUUCGCCAGGUCUUGGCUGUGUGUCUAUACCCUGAGCUCCUCAAAGAAAAAAGCCUUCCUCUGGACGUCAGGAAGAGGGCGCAGAGGCUUCUGGAGGCCUGCGCAGGCGGGAGUGUGGGCUCAUAUUCAAUAACCUCCCGUGGUGCACCACAUGUCCAGAAAAGUGUGACUGAGUUCAUAAUGAGGCGAGAUGAUGGAGUGAGUUCACACCCAGAAGACAUCAUCAUCUCCACUGGUUCUCAGAAGACUUUGUCGCUGGUUUUGCACCUGAUGGCCAACGGGGCUGGGAAGACUCAGACAGGUGUGUUAACCCCUGUGCCCUGCCCGCACACUCUGCCCUCGCUGAUGGAUAUGACAGGGGUGAAACUGGUGCCCUACCAGCUGAUAGAGGAGGGAGGCUGGGCUGUAGACCUGGAAGAGCUGCACCGAGCUUUGAAGACCGCUAGGGGGCACUGCGAGCCCAGGGCCAUUUACAUCAGCAACCCAGGAAACCCCACAGGUCACGUGCAAGACAGGAGAACAAUCGAGAAAGUGAUUCACUUUGCUGCAACAGAGGGUCUCGUCCUCCUGGCUGAAGAGGUGUACCAGGACAGUGUGUUCGGGCAGGACAAAGAGUUUAUUUCCUAUAAGCAAGUCCUGUUUGACAUGGGAAAGAAGUAUGCAGAGAAAGUGGAGCUGAUCUCCUUCCACUCAUUAUCUACAGCCUGUAUGGGAGAAUGUGGUCUGAGAGGAGGGUACAUGGAGGUAAUCAACAUGGACCCAGCAGUGAACAACCAUUUGAGAAACAUGCAGGCCACAUCCAGCCCUCCAGUUUUAUCACAGCUCGCUCUGGAGGUCAUGGUCAAUCCACCCAGACCUGGAGAGCUCUCAUAUAAAAAAUAUGCACAGGAGAUUCUUCACACUCAGACAACACUGGCCCAGAAUGCUCAGCGGGCUUAUGAGUUCUUGAAUGGCCUUCCAGGGAUAAACUGCCAACCAGCGAUGGCUGGAGUCUUUCUUUAUCCCCGUCUGCAUUUACCACUUCAGAUGAUUGAAGAGGCCAAGAUGCUAGGUGUGAAGGCAGAUGUGCUUUACUGUCAGAAGUUACUGGAAGAAGAAGGUGUGUGUUUGGGAGCUGGCUGCGAGAACGGGCAGGACGACCAAAACUGUCACGUCAGGAUAUGUGUUUUGGCUCCUCCGGCCGCUCUGGACGAGGUUUUGGCUCGUUUCCAUUUGUUCCACCUGCGCCUGCUGCACAGGUUCCCCUGA